CCUUACAGUUGACUGCCCAACAGAGGGCGGGUCUCUUUCAAGAACGCGGUUUAGGAAGAUUAGUGGCAGACAUCUUCAAACGUACACAUAAGUUUAUGUUUUAAGUGAAUAUAGGUUAUGAUUUCAGAGAUUCAAGAUGACAGACCCCAGUGAUGGUCAGCCCAUGUAUAUAUUACAGGAAGGUGGGGAGGAGGAUAACAGUACAUUAGAAUCUCAACAGGGAACAGUUAAUAUCUUUACCCAGGAUGGCCAAAUGGUAAUGGAAAUCACAGGACAAGGGGACAAUUCACAGUUUGCUGAAUAUGGUAUAGAUGAGGUUCAGGCAGGGGAACAGAUGCUUCAGAUAGCUAACACCUUCAUCAAUGCUCAGGAAGGGGAGCCACAUUUAUUACACAUUGCCAACACAUUUACUGAUCAAGGCAAAAAUAUUAAUGAAAAAAAGACUGAUGAAAAUUAUGACACUCAUAUUAAAGGGGAGAUCAUCCAGUCCGAAAAUGUUAAUGGUGAAAUGCAUAUUGUUUUUGAUGAAAACGAACACAUUUAUUCUGUUCAGGGUCAAGAAAAUUCAAGCUCAAGUUCUGGAGAACAGUCAGUUCUGGUUCAAAUUCCUGAAAUACAGAACAUAACAGAUCAAAGUUUUAUAAAUUCUGGUGUGCAAACUGUUGAAAACAUUUCACAAGUAAAUGACGAUAACCAAGAGAUAAUUAUAGAAGGUAUGCCAAUACAGUAUCAAAAUUUACAGAAUGUACGAUCAGAGGUUUUACCUGAUGGUACAGUUCAGUUAUAUGUGGUUGAUAAUGAAGAGGGAACAACUACAAAGGAAGAAGAAGAAACUAAUGAGAGUGAGAAGUUUGUUGUUACAGAGGAGGAACAACCUUCUGUUGUGUCUGUGGUAAAGGAAACAAGAUACCGUGAUGUCGCCACUCAAAUCACAUGUUAUCCCAAAUUUUCACGCCAGGGUUUAUAUGAUGUCGCUACACAGGUUACCAAGAGAGACAUUUUAGGUGGAACUGUUAAAAAUCGUCAACUUCCAAAUGGAACAACCAUCAUUCAAAACAAUAUUAAAACACAAAACCAGAGCACUGUUAUACUAAAUGCUGGAGCAAGUUCCCAAAUGGUCUUCUAUAAAUGUAAUAUAUGUGGGAAGUUGUACAAAAAUAAACCUAACUGGCAAAAUCACAUCAAAAGUCAUGCUACUGAAAAGGUUUACAUGUGUGGACAUUGUGGGAAAAUUUUCCAGAAAGCUAGUUUGGCAUCCCAUUUAAGGACUCAUUCAGAAUUAGCUCAAAUUGCUGUCUUUGAAAAUUUGCCUGACAAUAUGAAGCGUAAAAAUCAUAAAGCCAUACCUGGACUUAUAUUGUCGAGUGAAGAAGCUUCUAUUAUAGAACUAGAUAUCAUUGAUGUACCAACCGAGGCUGAUGAAUCUAUGUUACCGGAACCAGAACCCGAACCUGAACCGCCACAAGCCGAUCUGUCAGAAGUCUACACAGAUAAUGACAUUCCAGCCAAAAUGCAUAUGGAAGUUGAAGCUGAGACAGAAAUCCAGGAAGGAACAAAGUCAAAGUUUGUUUACAAGUGCAAUGUGUGUGGUAAAGAAUAUAACAGUAAGAGUAACUGUCAUCGUCAUUUGAAAUCUCACACAAAUGACAAAGAAUAUAAGUGUGGGUAUUGUGGGAAAGGUUUUACACAUAAAUAUGAAGUCAGGAUGCAUUGUCGAAUACAUACUGGUGAAAAACCAUUUAAAUGUCCAAUCUGUACAAGGGGAUUUAAUGAGAGCGGAAAUCUACGUCGACACAUGAAAAUCCAUGUCAAGGAUGAAUCGCCAUACAAAUGUGGAGUUUGCUUUAAAGGAUUCAACAAUACCGCUAGGUUAAAUGCUCAUAUAAAAGUCCAUACUGGAGAAAUUGUGUGCGAUACAUGUAACAGGAAGUUCAAUAAAAUCUCUGAUUUGUACAGACACAUUAGAAUACACACUGGUGAACGUCCGUAUAAAUGUGAUUUCUGUGAUAAAACUUUCUGUCAAAAAGUCAACUUAGUCACACACAAGCGUACACAUACAGGACUUAAAGCAUUCAGGUGUGACCUCUGUGGACUUGGAUUUAGUCGCAAGACAAUACUUGAUACACAUAUGCAAACUCAUGACAAUCCUGCUAUUGCCAAGGAUCGUGGAACUGUUGAACGUACACCUGUAAAGAUGGAACCUUCAGAGGAAUUACAGAUUAUAGAGAACGAAAUGUCCCGAGAUCAGUCACAGAUCAAUCGAGUGGAUACAAAACGUGAAAUCAUUACGGACAGCGGUACAGAAAUGGAAAUAGAACAAUUGGCUAUUCAGCAAGAUAUAUCGCUAGAUGAGGAGAUUCACAUUCAGGAAGAGACAUGUGUAACAAUAGGUUGACAAUGGUUCUUAUUUCUAUUAAUGGAUUUUUAUUUAUUUUAUGUACAUUUGUUUAUGCAGAAAAUAUCAUUAUAAUAUGCUGUGCAUUUAAAAUUUAUUUAAUAUUUAUUGUUAAUCAUGUUAAAACUUCUAUCUUUUCUGAUAUGACAUUGACAUCAUUGUACAUGCUAUAUGUACUUUAAAAAAAAAAUGUGAAACAAUUGCAUGUAUUUUUGCAACUAUUAUAUGUUAAUGCUGAUACACAACACAACUUUUUCUCAUGAAAUUCGGCAGUUAUUUCAAAUUUGAACCAUUCAGCUUUCACGACACGUUGAAUUUUGGACCACAUUGUUAAUUUAACAUUUUACAGUUGGUUUUGAUUAGCCAAGUUGUGACUAAGUUGAACUCAGCUUAAAAAUUGAUGAACAUAAUGAUUGAUGUUCUAAUAUGACACCUUCUACUCUCUGAGGUCAACAUUUUGGUUUCCACACAAAUCACAUAAUGUCCAAUGGUGUGAUGGGAAAACCAUAUUGAUUUUGUGGUCACUAAGGUAAAGGGCAAAUCAGAAAUUGAAAGACUUUGGUUUCUAGGUUAUAUCUUUUGAACUAGAUGUCCAACAUCUACUAUACUAUGGCUUGAGAAUGUCUCUUGGAAAGAAAAUAUACCCCUGUAGAUUUUUGGGUCAGUAGGUCAAAGGUCGAAUUCAAAACGUCUAUCAUAAAUUGUCUGCAGAAGUUAGUCUUCCUCCACAAAUGAUAAAAGAUGUACUUAGUCCUGACUGAAAAAUGUUUUUUCUACAAAUCCAUAAAGAUAUCAACUUGGCUAAUGCUUACAUGGAAUUUUUGUUGUUGUUGGUUUGAAUCCAGAAUUUGGAAGGGAGAAAGUAUGAAAAGGGUUUUGUUUGUAAACUUGAAAAAAUAGUAUUAAGAUAAAUUUAAUCAUCAUGAUCAUGUUAAUGUUUUCAACACUGUUGAUUUUAUUGAUAUAUGAAUAGGCUUGUAUAGUCUGGUCAUUGUAUCAGAGAAAUGUUUUUAAUUUUAUGAUUUUACUGUGAUGACCUAAACUGCCAUUUAACACAUAUUAUAUAUAACUCAAUUUAGCAUCUUUGAAUACAUAUUUUGUAGUAAAACAUCCUCUGGGGUAAGGCUGUAACUAGUACAUGUAUCAUAAUGUGUCUAAAUGUUAAUAACAAGAUCUUAGAAUAAGGGCCGUAAGCAAAUGUGUAGAUUAACUAGAGAGACUGAUAUCAGACAGAUAAGUGUGAUAUUAUAACUAAAUAUAUUUCAUGUAUUUGAAGGUUGUUUUUUGAUAGAUUUGUGAUACUUUUUAACUUUUAGAAUCCAAGGGGUAAAAAUUACCCUAUUGUACAUUCCCUUUUAAGUUAGUCAUUUAGAACUUAAUUCAUCAGUUUGCAUAACAUCAAUGCAAUCACAUUUAAGAUAUACACGAUGUACAACCCUAGCUGAAAGACUUCAAAAAAAUUCAAUUUGGCUGAAACUAGAACUUCUAUGAACCAGGACAAAUUCCUCUCUUUCCACUUUUAUAGAAAGGUUAUGUAAACAAAUUAUAAACCAUAUGAUAUUGAAUACUUUCAAAAUUUCAAAGUUGCUUAACUUUUAAAUAGAAAGUGGCAUAAGUUUUACUCAGAUUGGUUAACAGACCAAGAUUCCUACUGAUGUAUCAUUUGGACACUGUCAUCUUCAAUGUUAAAAUUCAUGUUCUUACAGAAAAUAUAAAUUAUACAUUCAAUUAUUGUUUUUGAACUGAUAAAAUAUUUAUACAAUCAUGACAA